AUGUUGGAGAGUCCACAGGACGAGAGCGUAGUACGAUGGGGCAACGAAGGCGAUAGUUUUGUCGUCCUCGAGAACGAGAAAUUCACAAAGCACAUCCUACCCAAGCACUUCAAGCACAGCAAUUUUGCCAGUUUCGUGCGCCAACUUAACAAAUACGAUUUCCACAAAGUCCGACAUAAUAAUGAGGAAGGCGGUGUGUCGCCAUACGGCGCUGGUGCAUGGGAGUUCAAGCACCCCGACUUCAAGGCCAACAACAAGGAUGCCCUGGACAACAUUCGAAGGAAAGCGCCUGCGCCGCGCAAGCCCAAUGCCAUGAUGGACGAGAUGAUGCCCACUCAGCAGAUGGAUCUUUUCAACACACAACUUGUCGCGACACAGCAGCAGUUGCAACAAUUGCAAGAGCGCUACAACGAGCUCAGCAUGCACCACUCAAUGCUUCUUCAAGAACUCAUCGGCGUUCAGAAGACAGUCGUCAACCAUGAACACGUUAUGCAAUAUGUUAUGAACUUCUUGCAAUCGGUCGAUGGUCAACGACGAAGAGAAAGUCGCACGACCAACCCCUUUGCGCCUCCGGCUGCCGGUGUCCCUAACGGCAAGCAACUUCCCCCUGCACCGAUUCCAGAAGACGAGCCUGCAUCGCCGCUGCAGCAUGCCGCAAAACUGCUUUCAGAGACUAACGCCGACCAUAUACUGAACACGCGUAACCUCGAACAGAUGAAUGAAAUGUCCUUGAGAAUGAAUUCGGCCCUUACCACACCUCCUCCGGAUUUAGCGCUCCGAACUGGUGCCAGAGUGGCUAGAGGCGGUCCUCACGGUCCUCACUCUGCUGCAUCAUCUACAUCCAUGUCUUACGGCGAACUCGACAACCUUGUGUAUCCUGUUGGCCAAACGAACGGCAUCGACCCCAUGUUCAGCGAGCAUAUCCACAACAUCCCUUAUGCAAUGCCAACAAAGGCUCCCGAACCUGCGCCUGCACCUCCUGCAGCUGAUGGAAGGAAGAAGAGCAUGCAAUAUGACCCUGGGUGGGCUAGACAACCUCAAGUGCUGCUUGUUGAAGAUGACCAGACUUGCAGAAGGAUAGGCGGCAAGUUCUUGUACGCUUUCCACUGCGCCGUCGAUAGUGCUCUUGAUGGUCUGGAGGCAGUCAACAAGAUGAACGCCGGCGCAAAAUACGAUCUCGUGCUGAUGGAUAUCAUCAUGCCCAACCUUGAUGGUGUUUCAGCUUGCCAUUUGAUCAGACAGUUCGACAACACCCCAAUCAUUGCCAUGACCUCCAACAUUCGCAGUGACGACAUUGCAAUGUACUUCCAACAUGGCAUGAACGAUGUGCUUCCCAAGCCCUUCACAAAGGAAGGAUUGCUGAGCAUGCUGGAAAAACACCUUGGUCACCUCAAGAAGUCACCUUCACAGAUUGACGGUGUCACAACUGGAGCACCACCACCUCUUGUUCAAGUAGCCGCAAAGAAUGCACUCAAGGCCGAAGAGUCGCCUGCUACCUCACCAGCUACUGUCAGCAACUGGACAUCCCCUGGAACUGGCUUAGGCAUGUCGCCAGCGGCUAGUGACGCUGCUGCAAACGAAUACAACAUGGGAGUUGCUGGUCACCCAGCAGCCCCUUACCACAUGCAGGCUGGUAUGCCCCCUCCAGCUAUGCCUACACAAGUUAGUUAUGGUGGCUCACCUCGCGGUAUGCCACCUGGUCUGGGACCGCAACCCGGUGGCCCGCACAGACGCCAAAUAUCUGAUAUUUCGGGCGGGCCCGGCGACAUUGGAGGUGAUGCCAAGAGACAGCAAAUGUUUGGUGCUGGACCGUUACCACCACAUAUGGGACCAGGUGUACCAAUGGGACAACCCGUACCAAACCCGCUCAACCCCAUGCAUAGAAGACCGGGAUGA